UGGUUAACACAUAAGAAUUCUCAAUUUAUAACAAGUGAUAAAAGUGGAUUAUGUUCCUGCUCAUUGGAUACAACAGUUUUUGACAUCUGAAAACAUGUUUAGGCCACAUUUAUCCCUCAUCUAAUGCUAUACAAUAUUUUAAGGCCUUUUUCAAAAUAAACGACAUGCUACAUAUUAAUAUAUUAUAUUAUUCAACUAUUAAGAAUGAAGUUUAGAAUAUAAUAACAAGUUUAAAAGUUGGAAGUUAUCAUACUAUCUAGCUCAAAAAGGGUUCCGUAUGAGCUGCACAAUUUGCUCAAGUCAAUGAAUGCCCUUUAAUUCUAUAAUCAUACUUGACUCGUUACCUUCCAACAGAAACUAUUCAAUUUAUCUGUUUCUUAUUGGAUAUCAUAUCAAUUAUCAUCCAUUAAAACAUUAAGUAACAAGAAACAAAAAUAUCAGCCUUCUAAAAGAAAGAAAAAAAUGGUAGCUGUUUUCAACAAAGAACUAUUGAGCUGGUACCUUAUCACCCUUAAACUCAGAGAAACCUUAGAAUCAGGAAUUCCAUCAUCGUCUCCGAAUUCAGGUACUCGAUCGAUCGAAUUACCUCAGCAACAACAUCAGCAGAAGCUUCAACGGGCACCUUCAGAAUCAUAUCAGGUUCUUCUCAACCAAGAAAGUGAAAAUUUGCAAGAGGAAACAAACUCAGCAGCAUCUGAAUGGGUGAUCUCCAUUAAGGAAAAACUCGAGGAGGCCUGUCAAGACGAUGUAGCGAGUUCGUGGACAAAGCUAUCAAUCUACAAAAUUCCUCAUUACCUUAGAGACAGUAGUGGCGGCGACAAAACUUAUGCACCACAGAUUGUGUCCUUAGGACCUUACCAUCAUGGCAAAAAACGCCUUAGACAAAUGGAAUGCCAUAAAUGGCGUUCCAUUAACCGUGUCCUUAAGCGAACCAAACAUGACAUUAGUCUUUAUCUUAAUGCAAUGAAAGAGAUGGAAGAAAGAGCAAGAUCAUGUUAUGAAGAAAUAAUAAUAAGUUUAAGCAGCAAUGAGUUUGUGGAAAUGUUAGUCCUUGAUGGUUGUUUUGUGCUUGAGUUAUUCAGAGGAGCUACAGAAGGGUUUAAAGAACUUGGUUAUUCGAGGAACGAUCCUGUUUUCGCAAUGCGUGGAUCAAUGCAUUCCAUUCAAAGAGACAUGAUCAUGCUAGAAAACCAGCUUCCCCUUUUCAUACUCAACCGGCUUCUCGAAAUUCAGCUUGAUAAACCUGACUUAGAAGGACUUGUUGCAGCUCUAGCUCUCAGAUUCUUUGACCCUUUACUGCCAACAGAUGAACCAUUAUCAAAAAGUGGUAGAAAUAAAUGUGAAUCAUCAUUUAGAACUAGCACAAAAAGUGACACCUUUGACCCUUUAUCUGAUAAAGGCGGUCUUCACUGUCUUGAUGUAUUCAGGAGAAGCUUAUUGCAAACAGGACCUCAACUAACACCAAGAAUGUGGAUCAAACGCAGGUCGAAUGCUCAUAGAGUUGCAGACAAACGGCGCCAACAACUGAUACAUUGUGUCACUGAGCUAAGAGAGGCUGGAAUCAAGUUCAAGAAAAGGAAAACCGAUCGCUUCUGGGAUAUUAAAUUUCAAGAUGGUAUUCUUCGAAUUCCGAGGCUCUUAAUCCACGACGGUACAAAAUCUUUGUUCCUUAACCUCAUUGCAUUUGAGCAGUGUCAUCUUGAUUGCAAUAAUGACAUAACAUCCUAUGUUAUCUUCAUGGACAACUUGAUUAACUCUCGGGAAGACGUAGGGUACCUUCAUUACUGCGGGAUAAUCGAACACUGGCUUGGUAGUGAUGCUGAAGUUGCAGACCUUUUCAACAGGUUAUGUCAAGAGGUUGUGUUUGACAUCAAUAACAGUUACCUUUCUCCAUUAUCAGAGUCUGUGAAUAGAUACUACAAUCAUAGAUGGAAUACUUGGUGUGCAAGCUUGAGACACAAUUACUUCAGUAAUCCUUGGGCCAUUAUCUCUUUGGUUGCUGCUGUGGUUUUGUUGCUACUUACUUUUGCACAAACCUACUACAGUAUAUAUGGAUAUUAUAGAUCAGCACAGUAACUUGUUUUUACAAGUAUUACUUCUGCAGGGUCUUUCAUUUCACAUUUUCUAUCAUUGAUUCUUUCUUAAAAUCAAGCUUACAAAUAAGUUUGGAAGGUUGAAGUAUUGUAAUUUAAUUUAUUUUGGCAAAUAAGAUACUGGCUAGUGGCUACUAUACUGUGAUACAUAUUCCAUUUGUGAUGCAAAUGCUUAUCAAACAACUUCAGCUUUGUUGCAUAACAAGCUUUCAAUUCAUAUUCUAAAAGAUCUUUACAUUGUAGAGAAAUUAAAAAAUG